AUGAAAUGCAUUCCUAAAUAUCCACAAUUCUCAUGUUUAAAGGCAGUGAGAUAUCAAAAACCGGGCAUCAGAGGAGUCACUUCAUCCUCAACCUGUUCCGUGCACCAAGUCCCACUUCUUCCCUCCUGGGAUCUAGACGUCUUCCAGGUCAAUGCAUAUAUACCCGCGGUGCCUUUCCAGUUCCCCAGGCUGAGCUCGCAACUCCCGCCGGCCUGUUCCAAGUGGUUCACCCAUGAAGACGACCCCAGCAGUCUCGAUCUUGGCCAUGUUAGCCUCAACAACGACCCCGGUAUACAUCCCAGAAGUUCAGAACUGAACUCUGCAUUCUGGACCGAGUAUGCAGAUACGAUCGUGCCGUUGGAGCUCACCUCUACGAAAAGCACUUCGAGUUCCCCCGAAGAUGAAACAUUCCAGCGCACAGAAGCACCCCUCGGGAUCCUGCUGGCGUACCUGUCCUCCAACGCGAGCAAAAACCCAACAUACACCCUGAACCAGCCAAGUAGCCAAUCAAUAUACCUGGCACAAUGCUCCCUGACCGCGCUGCCACCGUCUCUGCAGCAGGACAUUCCGACCCCAGACCUCAUCGCCCGCUCCGGACCGAUCAAAGGAGACAUCUACGCCUCGAGCCUCUGGCUAGGCCGGCCACCCACAUACACGCCCCUGCACCGCGACCCCAACCCCAACAUCUUCAUCCAACUCGCCGGCCAGAAAGUUGUGCGACUGCUGCCGCCCGAGGUUGGCGCCGCCGUCUUCGCCGACGUCCAAGCACGCAUCCAUCACGACCACGACCACAACACCUCAUCGUCUGCCACCAUCCGUGGCGAGGACAUGAUGAGCGGGCCUGAGAAAGCCGUGCUCCAUGCCGCUAUCUGGCCUUCCGAAUCUGGCAGCAACGACAGCACUGAUUCACCAUCUCAUACUCGUGCACCGCCCCCCUACGCGCAACUCCUCAGCAGGUACGCGCAGGAGACAACACUCAGCACCGGCGACGCACUCUUCAUCCCCAAAGGAUGGUGGCACAGCGUCAAGGGCAUCGGCGCCGGUGUCACCGCCAGUGCAAACUGGUGGUUUCGCUGA